AGGAUAUAUCCGUUUGUUCCGCUCAACGGGAAACACUUUCGUUGCCGAGGAGAAAUCUACCUCCAUCUAUAUUAAGGAUAGUUUGCGCAGCCAGCCUUUUCACAUCUCAUAGAGGAAUUGGAGCAGCUGCAAAUUAGGCCGUGCCUACUUUGACCUUCACACAAGCACACGGCAAUCAUGGGCAUCUUCAUCGGUACGCUCCUAUUCAUCAUCAUCGCCGUGGUUGGCGCCUUCAGCGCACCGCUCUGGGCCAAGAGCCAGGUGGACCUCGUGCGCGUGCUCUUCUACGUAGGUGCUUUCUGCUGCUGGCUGUCGUGGGUGCUUAUCUACAUGGCACAGAUGAACCCGAUUUUGCUGCCCACUCGCUCCAUCACUGCGGAAUGA